AUGGCUACGGUCAUUACUAUUCAGCCUUCUUCUACGGGCUCCGCCUAUUCCAAUCUCCCGGAUCUCCGACCCCAGUCCAUUUCGACUUCCAAUUUGUCCUCGCCUAUCUCCACCAAUUCAUCCUUGCCCGUGUUCAACGGGAUGGAGCCAGUUGUGACGCUUGUCUCCGAUUGUACCUUUACCUUGACGGCUGGUCCGGAGGUCCCUAACAAUUUGAAGAAAAGAAAGCUGUCUAAUGAAGUUCAGGAAGUGGAAUCAAUUAAACGACCAUCCACUGUCCAGUCAACAGCCCAUGAAGUCGUCGCUCGUCCAGGUCAUUGUCACGCCAUGAUCCGUCCGGGUUUCUUCAAUCAAACUACUCAACAUAUUGGCAUGACCACCGAGUUGGAACCUGCAUUACUGGAAUUCUUACCAUUAGACGAAUACGACGAAUUCUCUGUGUCCGCCGCUCGCAUUCGGAGGUGCGCAGACGAUUGUACCUUCAUGCGCGUGGUUAACACUGUUCCCAUCGGUGACUCGCAGGCCGUGUCACUUGAUGCCAUUGAGAGCCUGGUUGCUCCAUAUGGUUCAACUUUGAUUGAGAAAUUCUUCGAACAUGUUCACCCUUCUUUUCCCAUCUUGAUGGAAGAUGCUUUCCGUCAAUCAUAUCGUGAACGCCGCACACUUCACCUAUCACCUUUACUUCUUGCUGCCGUAUAUGUAUUGACCUUGAAGUUUGUCGAUGUCGGUGCCUCCUCACAGACGGCACGACGGCCGGAUGCUGCUCGGUUGGAGAGUACGGCGUUGAAAUUACUUGUCGACUCACUACCUUUCCCUAGUAUCUCGACUAUCCAAGCUGGCUUGCUGUUGACCCAAAAAUCAACACUUGCAACUGCUGCACUUAAUGGUCAGCUGGUGACUGCCUGCUUCGAGCUUGGUUUGCACCAGGACUGUUCAAACUGGCGGAUGAAGACUUGGGAGAAGGGAUUACGGAAACGUCUUGCAUGGGCUCUGUAUAUGCAGGAUAAGUGGUCCGCACUUGUUAACGGUCGCCCGUCACAUAUUUUCGCCUUUAAUUGGACAGUGAAGGAUCUUGUGGAGCAGGACUUCUCAGAUGCCUUCCUGUCUGGUACGGGCUCCGCACACGACGAAGGCGUUGUUGGACACGGUCCUCUACUCUUCUGCCACAUGGUGGCACUCACAACUAUACUGUCCGAUAUCCUGGACCGUUUCUACACUCUACAAGCCGCAGAGGAUUUUAACGCCGCUGGUAACCAGCGCACACGCAUUAUUCUGGAAAAGGCCAAGCCCGCCCAGAUCCGCUUGAAGGAGUGGUUCUCAUCACUUCCAGCAUCUCUAAAAAUGGAAUCCUCCAGCGGCGAGCUGGUCGAGACUAUUACAGACGAACACGCCCGCAACGGCGCCCUCCAUCUCGCAUACUUCGCCACCGAAAUCACCCUUCAUCGAUGUAUCGUUCGGUCGCUUGCCACCGACGGCACUGAUGCCUACCUCGCUCAUAUCUGUCGCUCAGCAGCAAAGACCCGACUCAUCUCCGCCAUGGACUUCGUUAACCGUCUCCGCCCUGCUCAUCUACGCUCCUUCUGGCCCGCAUCCGCACGUACCAACUUCUCCCUAAUCGGCUCAUUCGGUAUGCUACUACGCAUCACCGCACCGACUAGCGAAGAGGCCGAGUUCUACCGCGUGCGUCUAUGCGAGUACCGAUGGACACUAGAUGUAAGCCACAAGAACGCGGAGUUCAUGGGUUUCGCAUUGGAGAGUCUCGACAAUGCCAUGGCUCUUCAAACACAUGUUCCAGAGAAACCGAACAUCAACGAAUUAAUGGCUUCUGCGAGCAAGCAACCUUCCCGGUUACCCAUGAUGCACGUCGGAUCAUACGAAGAAGCCAUGAAUGACCCUGAUAGCAUCCCCGGUGGAACUGGAGCUUCUUCAUCCGUUAUCUCUGGUCUCGCCUCUCCAGCUACAUCUGUUAGUGACAUGGAUGAAGGCGAGACUAUGCCACCGCUUUGA